CGAACCUGUUUGGUGAAAUCCGCCGUUUGUCAGUCAACACUACUGUAUCCUCCUCCUCGCUUGGCAUCAUCCUGUUGUGUGCCCACCUAGUUCCAGCGACGAACGACCCGAAAGCUUUCUGCUUGAAGUGAAUAUAUUUCUAGCAAAAGCCGCCGGCUCGGCACGCGUUUUUCAGAUUUGUUUUCGGCCGUUGUCGUAGCCUUUUAUUUUAUCGUCAAAAUGAGCCAAGAUGUAAUAGGCUGCUGUGUAGUUAUUGCUAGCUAGGCAGUCAAAUUCCUUCAACCAGCAGCCUGCUGCUUCAAUCACUGCGGGUUGACACAUUUUAGCCGAGGCGCUGUUUAGUGAGCUAGCGGGCUAGCAGGGCAGCCUCCGUAGCCGUUACGUCUAAUUUAGCCAGCGUUAGCUGAUGUAGUUACUCGGAAAAUAGGCGCGGUGCUGCGGUGUGGAUAGUGCAAUAUAGAUUACCACUCUAAUAUUAGCCUACUGACAAGGGGUCUUUACUUUUACAGCCUAAACGGGCUUAUCUAGCGUUGGGGAGAGUGCACAGAUAUCAGCUGUUACGGGUUCGGAUGUGGCGACUCUGCGGUCUUAAACCACUUUUAGCGGAUUGAGAAGAUUAAAUUAAAGAAGGUAAAAUUGGAUCUCCCAGUGACACACGAGGGGUUAAUGAUAUAAACGGGUAUUAAGUGGCUAAUCUGUGGCAGCUGGAGUCAUUUUAAUAUUAGCUGUAUUAAGAGGCGUGCAGGCUGAGAGCAUCUCGGGGAGGCCCCACCGUCUCCUGGCUCCCUCCUCCCUGUCCGAAUCUCCCGUGAUUUGCUGAGAUCGCCCGGUUGAAGUCGCAGUUGCUCUCGGCCGGGGGGACAACUUGACAGCGAGGCCCCUUGGCUAGUCUCCCCCCACCCCCUCCCCCAGUCCUAUCCAUCCAUCCACUCGUCCGGUCCGGCACUACUACUACUACCACCACCACCACCUCCUCGCUAGAGACAGAAGCGAGGAAACCGGGGUUCGGGAGAAGCUGAAACCGUGGGCAAGUGUUCGUUAGGUCCCGCCUGAACCGGGCUGCCAAAAACCAGUGGGGAUGACUCUGGAGUCCAUGAUGGCUUGCUGCCUGAGCGAAGAGGCGAAGGAGUCGAAACGAAUCAAUGCAGAAAUUGACAAACAACUCCGCCGAGACAAGCGAGACUCCAGGAGAGAGCUGAAAUUACUGCUGCUCGGUACAGGAGAAAGUGGCAAGAGCACCUUCAUCAAGCAGAUGAGGAUCAUCCAUGGAGCUGGAUACUCUGAUGAAGAUAAAAGAGGCUUCAUUCGACUUGUUUACCAAAACAUCUUCACCUCCAUGCAGUCCAUGAUCCGCGCCACUGAGACCCUCAAGAUCCCCUACAAAUAUGAAGACAACCGGGUAGUCCAGCUCCUCCAGGAUGGCACGUCUGCAUGUCCUGUCAAAAGAAGGUUUUCCAUGUCUCCCUGCAAAGUGUGGAAGUGUGGAGACUGGCCUUUACAUGAGGAGAGCUGGUAUCUGGUCCUGUAUGUGACGAGGAACAGGUGA